CACUAGCGAGAAGUUUUCGAUCUCCAUCCCUCUGCUAUCUUCGUCCAAGGCGCAGGAUACUCACCUCUUUGCGACCAACAAUCCCUCGUCAAUAACCCCCAACCAGUCACAAUGUCUCCCGCCGCUACUGCUCGUGGUCGUAAGGCCCAGAAGGUUACCCAGAAGUUCAUCAUCAAUGCUUCUCAGCCCGUGAGCGACAAGAUCUUCGAUCUUUCUGCUUUCGAGAAGUUCCUCCACGACCGCAUCAAGGUCGAGGGCCGUGUUGGUAACCUCGGUGACAAGGUUGUCAUCUCCCAGGUUGGUGAUGGCAAGGUCGAGGUCGUUGCCCACAUCCCCUUCUCUGGUCGCUACCUCAAGUACUUGACCAAGAAGUACCUCAAGAAGCAGCAGCUCCGUGACUGGCUCCGUGUUGUCGCCACCUCCAAGGGUGUCUACGAGCUCCGCUUCUACAACGUCGCCAGCGAGGAGGCUGACGAGGAUGAGGAGUAAAUUACUCCUUGGACAAGAAAAUAAGAUAAUUCGACCGGGCUCGAGUUCGCUCGCAUCAGGGGGCUUGCAAGUUUUGGACGGGAGCAAUAUCUUAAUGAGAGUCAGCGCUUUGGGUCUGGUCUGUGAGGGUGUAGAUGUGCUUGUUCGGGAGCGCUCCUGCACUGCUUUGUGGCAUAGGAUACCCAUCGGAAUGACUCGACCUGAAAAUGCGGCAUUCCAUGGCUGACCAGUCACGUUCCAGUGUUAUAUCUACUCAUGACGUUACGACUAGUAGAUUUGAAUUAAGUCCAUCUAUUACCCA